GCUGCUGGCGAGUCCACAACCGACGCGUAAAACGUCAUGAUAAGCACUACGUACAAUAGCAAUAUGAGAUAAAAACGUGUUUAGUGCACACUACCUCGUUUUAAGGAAACUAUUCGGUCAUUAAAUGCAUUUUCUAAAUUGAGUCUUAUUAAUGCUUAAUGAAACUGAAAAACCGUUUUGGCACCGCCCAUAAGUGAAAGUGAAACCAAAAGGGAUCUUGCGACAAAAUGCAAAGAGAGCAACUAAGUUAAUGUUUUAAGAUGUCCUCAAAGGCUCACCCCAUCUAUAGAACCGCAGCAGUGCAUUUCUGCCUGUUGUGCUGUGAUCUUUUCAUCUGGGCUUGUGUGUGGGCUACACUGUUGUGGUUGGAUGGAGAGGGCAGUCUGGAUCUAUGGGGCCUGUGGGCUCUCAGGACCAUCGGCUGUGUUGUGCUUUAUUCAUUAAGCACAAUUUUUACGGACAUCAGCAUUCAGCCUCUCCUGAAGCGGUGGAUAGCCCUACUGAGCUUUCUACCUCCAGUGUUUGACAGUAUGCAGACAAUGCUGCACGGGACCGUGAGAGGCUUCAGUCCUGUUCCUGAUCCUGGCAUGGUGAUCCUGAGCUCUGCUACAUCUACUCUCAUAUAUAUUGUGUGGGAGAUGGCCUUCCCACAUGGGGCAUCAUCUAAGGGCGCCAGAAACCAGAAGAAAGAUGAAGAGGCCAAAGCGCUCCUAAUGAGGGUCAUUCGCUACUCCAGGCCUGACUAUCUUCAUCUAGGGGCGGCCUUCCUUUUCCUCAGCCUGGCAGCGCUGUUUGAGACAUUCAUCCCAUACUGCAUUGGUAACAUUAUUGACAUAUUGAGUGGAAAGUACCAGCACUCCAAUUUCUCAUGGGCUAUUGGACUCAUGGCACUGUGCUCACUUGGAAGUUCUAUGUUCAGUGGUAUGCGUGGCGGGAUGUUCAUGUGUAGCCUCAGCAGACUCAACAAAAGAAUACGACACAUGCUGUUCCAGAACCUCAUGAAGCAGGAGAUAAGCUUCUUUGAAGAAAACAAACCAGGUAGUCUUACGUCACGUUUGAUCUCUGACACUGAUAAAAUGGGACGUUCUGUGGCCAUGAAUGUGAAUGUGUUACUGCGGAGUUUGGUGAAGACAUGUGGCAUGCUGUUCUUUAUGCUGCGCCUAUCCUGGCAGUUAACCCUUCUCACCUGCAUCGAAAUGCCACUUCUUGCUUUCAUUCAGAAUUCAUACAACAACAUCUCCCAGAAAACAGCCAAAGAGCUUCAGGACUGUAAUGCAGAGACUACGGAGUUGGCAUCUUCUGUCAUUGCGUCGAUGAAGACUGUGCGCAGCUUUAAGGCAGAGCGUCAGGAGCAACAGCGAUAUGAACUGACUCUCAACAGAAAGCUCCAGGUUCUGAGGCGUAAAGGCAUCUACAGUGCCAUCCAUCUCUUAAUCCGCAGGUUCAUUACAGUAGGCUUGAAGGUAGCAAUGCUGUUCCAAGGCCGAAAUCUCAUCUCCUCUGGACAGCUUAGCAGCGGCAGCCUCCUUGCAUUUGUGUUCUAUCAGAAGGACAUGGUGACCAACAUGAAACAUCUUGUAUACAUCUAUGGAGACAUGCUGAAUACCGUGGGAUCUGCAGUCAAGGUGUUCCAGCUGCUUGACAGGAAGCCACAGAUGAGAGAGGCAGGUGAUUUGGCCCCAGAGAAGCUUAAGGGAAGACUAACCUUUGAAAAGGUCACCUUUUCCUACCACUCCCGCCCUAAUGAAAAAGCACUUAAAUCUGUCACACUGGAAUUGAGUCCAGGGAAGCUGACGGCAUUGGUGGGACCUUCUGGUGGUGGAAAGACCUCUUGCGUCUGCUUGCUGCAGAGGUUCUAUGAACCAAAGGAGGGUGAGGUGUUACUGGAUGGAGAACCUCUGUACCGCUACCAGCACCAGUACUUCCACGGAAAGGUGGCAAUUGUAUCCCAGGAUCCUGUGCUUUUCUCUGGCUCUGUGAGAUAUAAUAUUGAAUACGGUUUGAAGGACUGCACACUUGAAAGAGUAAAAGAAGCUGCUCGGAAAGCCAACGCUCACAACUUCAUAUGCAAUUUGGAACAAGGAUAUGACACAGAUGUUGGCGAGUGUGGUGGCCAGCUGUCCGCAGGGCAGAAGCAGUGCAUUGCCAUAGCCAGAGCUCUGAUAAGGAACCCACAGAUUCUCAUCUUGGACGAGGCCACCAGCCACAUGGACUGCAGCACCCAACAAGCUGUUCAAGAUGUGCUCAAUAACAUAACGGACCAGACAGUACUGGUGAUAGCUCAUCGUUUGGAGACUGUAGAGAAAGCAGACCACAUUAUCUUCAUGGAGGGAGGUGAUGUCGUAGAGCAAGGAACACACCAGCAGCUCAUGGCUAAAGAAGGAAGAUACUAUCGGCUCAGAGAAAAGCUUUUCAAUCUGGAAAUACAACCAGCAGACUAAAGUAUCAGAUAUUUUGAUGUAUUUUACAUUUUAAAGAGACUUUGUUGAUCCUGGAUCAACAUUAUUGUCCAAAAAUAUAGACCUUUCCCUACCCAUAAUUUAUGCCUAAAAUCAGAGGGAAAUGAUAGUUGAAUAACAAGGGUGUAGAAGCUCCUAACUCUGGUUGUAAGGGUAAAAUUGACAUUUCCUGUAAACUUAUCCCUGAAUUCUGAUUGGUUGAUUGGAAUGUUGUUCCAGGAUCAACAUGGAUGUUGAUCCAGGAACAUGUUGCACCUCUGUAUGUAUAGACAGUGUUUUAUUGAUUAUGGAAUAAAAAGUGUGAAUGAGACACACAAAAAGGAACGCAUGGGAUUUGUGUCCUAACAGUAAAACAAGUAUGGAAUAACAACCUCUAGUCUAGUGUAUUAAGAAAUAUAUGUAAUAAAGGCUUUCGAUGGUGCACUUCAAUCAGAGAAUGACCAACGGAUUUGCCCUCAGCUGCAAAAAAAUGCGGAACAGGAUCUCAGAGUUCUUUUUCAUCUUCAUUGUGCCACUAAGAGCUGCUUGAUUCUGAGCAUCCUGAAGGUCUUUAAAAAGAGACUGGCAAUAGAAAAAAAUGUUAUAGUUUCAUGUGAUUGAAGCAAAACUGUGUGAUACAUGUGAAUUAAUACUAAUCACAGUGUAAAAGUGUAAUAAAGAAAUAAAUGGAAGGGAAUCAGAUCUACCUCAA